AUAACUGUUGUUCUAAAAACUAUUUUCGGACAGCUCUAAACAUGGAGAUCAAUGAUACAACAGUAACUAGUGAUGUGAUGGAUAGUGUACCAUCUGGAUCUCCACAGUAUAAUAAAAAUAAUCAAAAACCAUGCAUUGGUCAAAUGGACGUGAAUAAAAUAUCUCUUGGUAAUACAAUAAUUCACGAAGAUAGUAUCUCUGACAAUGGAUUUAAUCAAACGACCUCAUAUAAAGAUAAAAGUAAUACAGACAAAUACUGCCCACGAAUUGAGGAAAUGCAAAACAGUAAGACAACAUUUGAUAAAAUGAAGAACUCAGAGUUUAUCAACAACAUUUCAACACAAUCCACAGAAAACACUGUUUGUUCGUCGGUCACUUCUUUGAGAGAAAAAUCAACUGGAGCUUUAAGGCUGAUGAAUCACUUUGGAGAACCACAUUUAAUUAAUCCAACAACAGAAAUAAAUGAAGUCCUAAAUUUUUCCACGCUCAUUUCUAACUCUACAUUAUGGUUAACUCAUUUGAUGAAAAACCAGUCGUCGAUACCUCCACCAACAUAUCCAGUGAGGUGGUUAAUUGGCAGUUCCUCUACUAAUCAACUUAACAGAGAAAUUUCAAACCCUAAGUCGCAUUCAGCUUUGCAAAACAAUGAAAGUCAAGCGGAAGAUGAUAAGCUGAGAUUCAACUUCAUGAGUAAUGAUAUGCAACAAUUUGCAGAUAAGGCAUUCAUUCCUUUUGUGAAGAAUAAAUCCUCGAUGGAAGCUGACCAUAUAAUUGGCCAAUCAAACUCAAAUGAACCAGAUAUAUAUACAUGUUCUGAGUCAUAUAACUUGCCUAAACCAGACUCAACAUCUGAACACUCUGCAACUGUAGAAAUAAAUGAAUUCACUACAAAAUUUCGGGAUAUCAAACGUGUCAGUCACAAUGGAUUGUACUGUAUCGUUUGUGGAGAUAUUAGUAGUGGAAAGCACUAUGGUAUCUUAGCGUGUAAUGGGUGUAGUGGAUUUUUUAAGCGUUCAGUAAGAAGAAAACUCAUUUACAGAUGUCAAGCAGGUAACGGCUUAUGCAUAAUUGAUAAAGCACACAGGAACCAAUGUCAAGCGUGUCGACUGAAAAAGUGUAUACGUAUGGGAAUGAAUAAAGAUGCUGUCCAAAAUGAACGCCAGCCAAGAAACAGUUCUCAGUUUAAUGCUCAUGGUUAUACAACAAGUAAACGUCAAAGCUUCGGGAUAUCGCAUUCACCAGAUGACAAAGCGUUCAAUUCUACAUGCGAUAACCAUCAUGUGAAUAGAGGGAAACUAUUUGAUGAAUCAGCUAGUGUAUCCGCUGAAAAGAAACAGAACGUCACGUUUCCUGAAUAUCUGCCAAUAAAUGAAUGCAAGGAAUUAGAAAAUAUGCGCACUUUCGAAAAUACUGUGACAGAGAAAUCAGAUUGGGACCAAGUUCACAGAACUAGACACCCUACUCACUCAUUAAAACGUUCGAAUUCUUUCCGUUACAGAAGGCUACCAAGUAGGAAGUUAGGCAAUAAAAUAGGUAUGCUUAACGAGGCUAAAUGUCUGGAUGUAAAUAAAAAUACGUCUCAUAUAACAAUGGAGAAUUUUCCUACCUAUUUGGCUGAUAUAAUGCAACCAAGUAAUUCGAUGUUCACUUCUGAAACGCCUAACACUUUUCCAUUUAUGUCGUCAUCGUCUUUCACAAAUGAUAUAUCGAAUCUACCAUUUUAUAUGAAUUCAUUGGAGACCAUACAAUCCUCAACAUCAACGUCAAUAAACACAAUAGCAGAUGACUCCAACAGUAAGAAUUCAGUUCCUACGACAUCGUCUUCAGAUAACGAUUUGCAAAAGUUUUAUUUACAUUUAUUAAAUAUUUUCAGCGUAUCCAGGAAUAUAAAAAAGUCAGUCAACAGUGAAGACUCUUUUGCAGGCAAUGAUAAUUUGUUAGCUAACACUCCUGGAACAUCCGCAGAAUACAAAGGCUAUCUACCAACUCAGAGACUUCCACAAACUGCAGAAAAUGAGAUUUAUCAAUCAACAAAUCAUGAAUCCGAGUCUCACUUCUAUAAUACUUUGAGAGAUUUGUACAGCAUUUAUCUAGACAACAGUAGACAUAACAAUAAUAAUAAUGAUACCUGUAAGCCAGAGAGAACAAAUCAGACUCUUUUGAAUAACCCAAUUCUGUCUCCUACUUUUAACAAUCCUUUCAAUUCUGGUUAUAAUUUCAUCCACAGUCUACACAAUUACAACAGUGACAUGACACCUUUCAAGGAACAGUUUUUCAAAAGUUUGGUUGACUUAAACAUGCAAAAUAAAGAUGAAAGAGAAAGGAAAGAAUUACUCUUAAACAAAACAAUUCAACAAUUAGAAGGGUAUACAAAAGCCUGCAAUCCACAGUUCACAACAUUAUCCAACUGCAAUGAACUAAAUGAUACCAUUCCUUACUAUAAACUGGUUGAAAAGAAUCCAGUUCUAUCUAAUGAUAACAAUGGUGACAUAUCAGAUGAGCUGCAAACAUCAAUUAGUGAAGCUCCCUUUUAUGAUUUUGUUGGCCUUGAUAAAUUAUCUCAGUAUGAAACCAAAGAGCACAUUCCCUGUUCAAAUAACAAAAUAGUCAUGCAAAAAGUGGAUUCCGCAAAUCAGAUAAACAUUUUCUUAAACUGGAUAUUUGAGUCAAGCGGUUGGAUCCUAAGAAAUCCUGGAAAUCAAAUAGUAAUCAGCAAACUGUUUUCUAAAGCAUUCUGUCCAUUGAUUGAAAAACUUAUUAACUGGGUUUUUCGAAUCCCAAGUUUUAUCAGCUUGUGCAAGCAAGACCAGAAAGUUCUGUUUUCUCAGACAUGGAUCAAUUUGCUUUUGUUAAUCUGGUUGGAAAGUUACCAGCAACUACAGAUCAACUGGAAUUUGGCUAUUUCUAAAUGUCAAUUUUCUGAAGACUCUUUUAGCCCACCAAUGGAGUUAUAUGAACAAUACCGAAGUAUUCAGCCUGAUAUCACUGAAUUAAAUCUACUGAAAAUGAUGCUUUUAUUCAACACUGAUAUAACGGAAAUAACGCGAAAUGAAACUAUUGACUGUGUACAAAAGCAGCUGAAGUUACAAUUAACUCAAUAUGAAUGGAUUACCCACCCAAACAAUAUAACAAGAUGUAGUCAACUCUUGCUGCUCAAUACAUCAAUACAAAAGUUGAACAAGACAAAAAUCAAGGAUACCUUCUUUGUACAAAAUAUAGCAGAAUGUUCGUCUAUUUAAUUCUAAAGAGGACUGUUAAUAUUUAUCCUGAAGAGAUAAUCAUUGGAGAAUAACUUCGUGAUCAAAUAAGUUGGACAAAUCUUACAACAACUGUAUAUUUUUUGGCAUUAAAAAUCUGGACAUCUAAACUGAUCAUUAUAUAUUAUAGUGGUUGCAGUGAGUAACUUCAAAAUUAUCUGAGCGCAUUUCGGAUGGUCGUAUAGAUGGAAAAGAAUAAAUGCAUUAGUCUUCAUCCAUACAACUGACAGGUAGUUAAUUAAUGACGUGUAUAAAGUGUAAAUAAAGAAUGACCAAAAUCUAGAACAAUCUUACCUAGAGUUUAUUCAUUAAAUGUUGAAGUCAUUUUCUAGAAUAAGCUCAAGAAAUUCUUUCUUUUAGAGUUGAUUUUAAGAAAACAGAUUGUCCUGAAAAAUGCUCGGUGUUUUCUUGUUUAAGUACCAGAAGAUUCUGAGACUUCACUUAAUGUUAUUCUAGCGGGAAAAGACCUACGCAUCUUAUCCUUACUCGUCUUUCAACCUCUCAGAACUGAUAGAUGGAUUAGGAGGAUAUAUUACUGAAGGCCGUAGUUUCUAAAUUCUGUAAGUAAACUGUUGUCGUACAUCUACAAACAUAUUUCUCACAACACAACUGAAAGAAUGUGCAUAUUGACAAUGGGUCGUACCAUGCCUGUUUUUACAAAGGCUAGGAAAGAUAUUCAUAACGGGCAUUCCUUUAUCUCUUACAGCUGUU